CAGUCUUCAUUGUGUUUGCCGCCGUUGUAAUUCUGACCUCGCUGGUACUUAUUUUUGUUGUCGCUCCACGUUUUGGGCAGACCAAUAUACUGGUCUACAUCUCCAUCUGUUCCCUGAUUGGGGCUUUUUCCGUCUCCUCCGUCAAAGGCCUGGGCAUCGCUAUUAAGGACAUGCUCUAUCAGAAGCCAGUCUUCCGAAAUCCGCUGCUCUAUGUUUUAGCCGUCAUUUUGGUGCUGGCCGUCAGUACUCAAAUCAACUACCUCAACAAGUCAUUGGAUGUGUUUAAUACGUCUCUGGUCACCCCCAUUUAUUAUGUGUGCUUCACCACCACAGUGGUGAUCUGCUCCGUGAUCCUCUUCAAAGAAUGGAACAGCAUGGAACUUGGAGAUAUCGUCGGGACCUUGAGUGGAUUCUUCACCAUCAUCAUUGGCAUUUUCUUCCUCCACGCUUUCAAAAAUGUCAGCAUUACCUGGAACCAGUUGGCGGCUUCCGUUAAAAAAGAACCCAGCUUGCCUCUGCACGCUUAUGAGUCUCAUCACACUUUGUUGGAAAAUAUGGACGCUCCCCUUUCGAUAUGCGAUGAGGAUAAUACUCUGUUCAGCCGAGGGAACGAACGACAGUAACUAACGUUGAAGUCAUCUCUCACGGUUUACCGCCCACCAGAACAAUAUCAUCAUCUUCAACUAUCCCAGAAUUUGGAGGAACAAAAGGGAGACUUGCCAUUUGCAUUUGGGUUAGAAAAGGAAAUUAGAUCAUUUUGGCAUUUUGGUAUUGACAAGCAGCAAAAGUCACCGAUAGCAGAAAUUCUGUUGAAGUGAUGACUAUAGUUUCUAGUAAACUGAAUUGCGUAUGUAAAUGUGUUUUCUAAAUCGUAUUUUAUAGCUUCACUGUUUUAAAAUGAGAUUUUUUUCCCCCCGAGGGCUAAGUGGGGGGUAAAACCAAGGCUUUUUCUAAUGACCAGCAUGUUAGUAAAUUGGAAGUUUUAAUUUAUUCUAGUUUCCCAAGUAGGAAUUUGCCAAAGAGAACUACUUCUCUUUUUUUAGGUUUAACUUCCAGAAACAAAGUUUAAAAUCUGAGUACAUUAAAUGAAAACAGUGCCAGAUAGCAGUGAGUUAACUCCCAACCAAGAAAUCCUUACAAUAAAUGCAUGAAAUCUGGGAAUCAACUUGGUGUACAUUAAACAUUUCUGGAAAUCCUUUAAAUUUUAUUUUCCUCGUCAAUUGCUUUUAAUUGUUCAAGAUGAUAGAUUAGCUUUGUAAGACACAUGUAUGUAUGCUCUCAAAUGUUAAAGUCUCUUUCCUUUUACACAGAAGUAUAUUGUAAUUCAGGGUUAAGAUUUUUAAAAAAAACAUGGCGACCUUUUUGGUUAUUUUGUGAGUUGGAAAGCGAUUUUGGUUACAUGUCAAUGUCUGAAGUCAAUUGAUCAGUGCCAAUAAAUUUGGUUUCAAAAUAGACUUCCAUCUGUAAACACAGGCUUGGCUGUGUGAAGAUUUUUAGUCAUCUCUUCGGUGAUUAAUAUAAACACUUUAGAUCCAAAACUGCUUAAGAAAGAAAGAAACAGCUAGACAGGUUUUACUACACAGAUAAACAUCAUAUAUUUAGCUCACAGUAACGGAUAAGAAUGGCCUUGGAUAAUACCAUCUUUUUAGCUCUGAAUUUCUCUUAUCACUUUAGUUUAUUAAGAAUUGGCAUUUGUUCCAUGAUGAGGAAACCUUUAAGGAAAUACAGGUUUUUAAUUAUUUGGAGUGGUCACCUACCGUGUGGCUCAUCUGAAAACCAUGAACAGUGAUGGUGAAGUGCCAUUCCGGGGGUGUGUGGGUGUGUUGCUUUUCUGUAUCUGUAUGAAGUUUGCUGUAACUAUUUUAAAAUAUUUAAUAUUUAAUUUUCUGAAUGGAGAAUCUUUGAAGCUUUGAUACAAGCUUGACAAAAAUGAAUAAAAAUGUUUUGAUAGUGUAUCCUACUAACAUUGGGCCAGUUUUUAUAUUUUAUAUCAUCCUAAUUUAUCUGGAGGAGCCUCCCAUGGGAAACCUGGAUACAGGGAAUCAGAUAGAGGUAGGUCCAGGUGUGGGCUGCUAGGAGUUUGCCAAGGUUCGGGAGAAUCCAUAGCUAAUGUUAUGGAUGGUUCAUAGAACCCCCAAAUCCCACCCCUGGCUGGCCCCUCCUUCCCCUCCCCAGAGUCUCCAAGCGGGCCGUUUUGGAUGUGAGGUGAGGGCAGGACCCACACGGAAGCUCAGGGCGGGGGAGAAACGAGCCUCCCAGAAAUUCCAGAAGGCCAGAAACGGGCCCAUUUCCGAUCUCCAGAGGGCCUCCAG